AUGGCGGGAGAGGGUGACGCUUGGCGUGCUGGUCCAUCUCGCACUGGAGCACGAUCAGAGUUGGCUCUCCUUCAUGACCGUGUAGCACCACCUUGCGGCCCUUGUCUGACCCCUCUGCUGCCAGCGACCGCGGCCGUCGACAAGUGCGCGUCCGGCGGCCUGUACAAGGCGCCGCUCGCCGGCGCGCGCAUCACCGCCAUCAACUCGACGACGUUCGAGUGGGACAACUCGUGCCUGCCGGGCGUCGACAAGAUCGACAUCUACAUGUACGCGCCCUACUCCGAGUCGUCCAACCUGCCCAUCCACGCCUUCGUCGGCAUCCCCGCCUCGCGCGGCUCGUACGACGUGUCGCUGGAGCCGCGCUGGUGGAACUCGACGGAGAACGUCAACCUCUCGCUCAACAUCGUCAGCUCGGGCAACGAGCCGUGGGACAGCAAGAACCCCACGGGCCCCAUCUGGUCGUCGCAGUACAUCAAGCCCGCCGACGGCUCGACGCCCAAGGAGGCGCAGCUCGGCGGCCCGACGUCGCUCAAGAGCGAGCUGAUCAGCGUCUUCUACGCCGAGGGCAGCCUGACCAAGAGCGGUCUCACGGCGGCCAUCGUCUGCCCCAUCAUCCUGCUGCUCUGCGGUCUGGCCGUGUGGAUCCGCAAGCUGCACAUCAACCGCAACAACAAGCACGCCGACUGGGCCGAGCACAUGGACAAGCGCAUGUCGCGCGUCUCGCUCGACUGGACCAGCGGCGGCGACGGCCGCGCCGGCCCCACGCCCGGCUCGCGUCCGGCGUCGUUCAUGCGUCCGCAGAGCACCUUCACGCGCCCCUCGCUGGCCGGCGGCCGCCCGUCGCUCGGCGGCGCCGACUACCACGGCGACAACAUGGCCGGCCGUGGUGCCGGCGUGUACGGCGGCAUGGAGGAGCCCGAGAUGGCCGAGGUCAACCCGGCCGACUUCCGUCGUCCCUCGCCGCUCGGCGGUGCCGCUCGCGAGAACCGCGACAGCCGCACGCAGAGCCGCAUCUCGUUUGCCCAGUCGACGGCGGGCGACCGUGUGUCGAAGAUCUCCUACGGUCCCUCGUCGGAGGGCCACUCUGCGGUGCGCAACGGCGGCCACCGUCCCUCGGGCUCGAUUCCUCGCGUCGGCGGCUCGCGCCGCUCCAACUACGACAGCUACUACGACCCCGACGCGCCGGAGCUGCCCAAGCUCAGCAACUCCAAGUGGCAGCAGCAGCACGGCCGCAACUCGCCCUACGCCCAGGGUGCGACUGAGGACGCCGUCGAGGACAUCGACGACUCGGCCGACCUGACGGCCAUGAGCCCGACGCAGAACCAGGGCCCGCAGCCCAUCGGCAACGUCGACGUGCACUCGAUGCGCGAGUCCAUCGACGCCCAGCGCGCCCUUGGCUCUGGCUCGCCGACUCGCCCGCGCGUCCUGACGCCCAACGGCGACGAUGAUGCGGACCGCGACUUCCGCAACUCGGUGCUCAAGUACCCCGCCCUCUCCAUGGUCACCGGUGGUGUCGGCCGCGAGGAGUCGGACGGCACGGACAUGUUUGCCGCCUUGAACGCCGGUCGCCCGAUCAGCGGUCUCUCCGACGGCGGCGACUCGGCCUACGCGCCCGAGCAGGGCCGCAGCGCAGAGUACAUCGACCAUGCCCACUACGCCACCACUGCCGGCGCGCACGCCAUUGCGCCGGAGCACCCCGCUCGUCGUGCCGCCGCCGCCGUCAACUCCAACACUGGCAUGGCUCCCGCUCGCAACGUCACCUCGCCGGACGACGCGCUGCGCCAGUACGCCGCGCUGCGCGCCGCUCCCUCCACGGGCGGCAACGGCGGCAUGCGCACGCUGUACACGCCUGAUCCGGCGCCCAACUUUGCCCACCGCGGCAGCGCCCACACGGCCGGCUCGAGCAUCAACGAGGACGACGUCGUCGGCUACAACGACAUGGAGACGUUCAACAAGCACUGA